UGACAGCCUCUAUAAGCCCCGCCCACCCGUCACUUAGCCCAGCCCCUACAGCCCAAUGGACGCGCCCACCCAGACUGAGGCCCCGCCCCCUCGAGCGCACGCUGGGUGCCAGAGUGUCCGCGCCAUGGACCUCCAGCUGCUGGAGCACCGGGUGCGGGUAACCAGUAUCGACAAGUCCGGCCUGGCCUUCUACACCCACCCGCUGGUCAAGCUCAUCUUCCUGCCGCACCAUACCAGAUGCAAGUUUUUCAGCAUGACAGAAAGCCCAGAAGACUAUACAGUGAUGCUGGAUGAAGAAGGAUUUAAAGAACUACCUCCAUCAGAAUAUCUGCAUGUGGCUGAAAACACGUGGAGAGUAAUGAACGUCCUCGCCAAUGGGUUUUCUUGCAGUGCAGUCCCAAAUGUGGGUGUUACGAAGAUUGCCAAGUCUGUCAUCGCUCCCCUGGCUGAGCACAACGUGUCUGUGUUAAUGCUUUCUACAUACCAAACAGACUACAUUUUGGUCCGAGAAGAUGAUUUACCCGUGGUCUUUAACACAUUAUCUGGAGAUCUUAGUAUCUACAGAGACGAGAAUGGGGAGCUGGUCCCGUUUAACUUGGAUGAAUCCAGCAAGGAAAUGAAGAAAGAUAUUUUGUUUAGUCAAACUGUGCAUCCUGUACUGAGUCCACAGAACAAAUUCUGUAUUCUGUCCAUUGAUCCAAAUGCUCUUCCAUCAAUUUCAUCCAUUCUACUUGAUGUCAUGUUUUAUUCAAACACGUCUCAAAACCGUACUCCUGCAAGUUCACCAGAAAUUGAAUCAAUCAAUUUCUUUGCGUUCUCGUUGAUAGAUGGGUAUAUCUCCAUAGUCAUGGAUUCUGAGACACAGAAAAGGUUUCCCACAAAUCUUCUUUUGACAAGUUCCUCUGGGGAACUUUGGCGGAUGGUGAGAAUCGGUGGGCAGCCACUGGGUUUUGAUGAAUGUGGAAUUGUAGCCCAAAUAGCUGGACCUCUUGCCGAUUCUGACAUUUCUGCCUAUUACAUUAGCACCUUCAAUUUUGAUCAUGCUUUGGUGCCAGAAGAAGACAUCGACAAUGUAAUCCAGUUAUUAAGAAAGCGUCAGGAAAGCCAUAGAUGAGAUGAAAAUGUCUGUGCCUGUGGCAACCAGUGAACUGUUCCGUGGCAGCUGUUUAAAGAAAGCCUGAGCACAAAAAUAACAAGUGCAAUUCAGAUUUUGGCCUCCUAUUAAUGCACAUAUAUUUUUAUUUUUUUCCCCUUUUCAAAUUUCAUGAAUGUUUGAAGAAGAAAAAUAAAUCCCCUUGCGUUUUGCAGCAUAAACCUUC